GCGGCGCUCGGGGUUCCCGCCCGGAAGAGGCUGCCGUGGCACCCGCGCACCGGCAACAUGGCGCGGUCCGGGAAUAAGGCAGCUGUUGUACUGUGUAUGGAUGUGGGCUCUGCCAUGAGUAACUCCCUUCCUGGUGAAGAAUCCCCAUUUGAGCUAGCAAAGAAGGUGAUGACCAUGUUUGUGCAGCGACAGGUGUUUGCUGAGAGCAGGGAUGAAAUUGCAUUAGUCCUUUUUGGUACAGAUGGCACUGAGAAUGCCCUUGCUGGUAAGGAUCAGUAUCAGAACAUCACAGUGCACAGACACCUGAUGCUACCAGAUUUUGACUUGCUGGAGGACAUUGAAAGAAAAAUCCAACCAGGUUCUCAACAAGCUGACUUCCUGGAUGCACUCAUUGUAUGCAUGGAUGUGAUUCAACAAGAAACUGUAGGAAAGAAGUUUGAGAAGAGGCAUAUUGAAGUGUUCACUGACCUCAGCAGCCCAUUCAGCAAAGAUCAGCUGGAUGUUAUAAUCCAUAACUUGAAGAAAUUUGGCAUCUCCCUGCAGUUCUUUUUGCCUUUCCCCGUUGGCAAGGAGGAUGGAACCGGGGACAGGGGAGAUGGUAACUCACGCUCAGACCACCAUGGACCCUCCUUUCCUCUAAAAGGAAUUACUGAGCAGCAAAAAGAAGGUAUUCGGAUGGUGAAAAAGGUGAUGAUGUCUUUAGAAGGUGAAGAUGGGCUAGAUGAAAUUUAUUCCUUCAGUGAGAGUCUGAGACAACUGUGUGUCUUUAAGAAAAUUGAGAAGCGUUCCAUCCCUUGGUCCUGCACACUGACCAUUGGCUCCAGUUUGUUUAUAAAGAUCGUGGCUUAUAAAUCGAUUAUACAGGAGAGAGUUAAAAAGUCUUGGACAGUUGUGGACGCCAGAACCCUCAAGAAAGAAGAUCUACAGAAAGAAACCGUUUAUUGCUUAAAUGACGACAAUGAAACCGAGGUCCCGAAGGAGGACACUAUUCAAGGGUUCCGCUAUGGAAGUGAUAUCGUUCCUUUCUCUAAAGUGGAUGAGGAACACAUGAAAUAUAAAUCGGAGGGGAAGUGCUUCUCCAUUUUGGGAUUUUGUAGAUCUUCUCAGGUCCACAGGAGAUAUUUUAUGGGAAAUCAAGUCCUAAAGGUCUUUGCAGCAAAAGAUGAUGAGGCAGCAGCGGUAGCGCUCUCCUCCCUGAUUCACGCCUUGGAUGAAUUAGACAUGGUGGCCAUAGUUCGAUAUGCCUAUGACAGAAGAGCUCAUCCUCAGGUGGGCGCGGCGCUUCCUUAUAUCAAGGAUGCCUAUGAGUGUUUAAUAUAUGUGCAGCUGCCGUUUAUGGAAGACUUGAGACAAUACAUGUUUUCAUCUUUGAAAAAUAAUAAGAAAUACAUUCCCACAGAGGCUCAGUUGAAUGCUGCUGAAGCCCUGAUUGACUCCAUGAGCUUGGUAAAGAAAGAUGAAAAGGAGGACACCAUUGAAGAUUUGUUUCCAACCAGCAAAAUCCCAAAUCCUCAAUUUCAGAGAUUAUUUCAGUGUCUGCUACAUAGAGCUUUACAUCCCCAGGAGCCUCUGCCCCCUAUUCAGCAGCAUAUUUUGAAUAUGCUGGACCCCCCCACUGAGGUGACAGCUAAAUGUCAGAUUCUGCUCUCUAAAAUAAAGACCGUUUUCCCUCUGACUGAAGUCAUCAAGAAAAAGGAUCAAGUGACUGCUCAGAACAUUUUCCAAGACAACCAUGAGGAGGGUCCCACCUCUAAAAAACUGAAGACUGAGGAAGGGGAGGCCUGCUUUAGCAUCUCCAGCCUGGCUGAAGGAAGUGUCACCAGUGUCGGAAGUGUGAAUCCUGCUGAAAACUUCCGUUUUCUAGUGAGGCAGAAGAAAGCCAGCUUUGAGGAAGCAAGUGGCCAGCUAAUAAAUCACAUUGAACAGUUUCUGGAUACCAAUGAAACGCCAUAUUUUAUGAAGAGCAUGGACUGCAUCACAGUCUUCCGGGAAGAAGCCAUUCAGUUUUCAGAAGAGCAGCGAUUUAACGAUUUCCUGAAAGCCCUUCGAGAGAAAGUGGAAAUGAAACAGUUAAAUCAUUUCUGGGAAAUUGUCGUUCAGGAUGGAAUUACUCUGAUCACCAAAGAUGAAGCCCCUGGAAGUUCCAUCACAGCUGAGGAAGCCAAAAAGUUUCUGGCCCCUAAAGAAAAUCCAAAUGAAGACACAGCAGCCAUAUUUGCAGAAGGUGGUGACGUGGAUGAUUUACUGGACUUGAUCUAGGUCAUGGCCGUGUGGGGAAUCGAGAGUUACCACUGCUGUCAUGCUGGGACUUCUGUCCAGAGGAGGCCAUUCAAGGGGAACGGGAAGCUCUGGAGAUGGUCCCCGUAGGUUAUGUGGAAGUAAAUCUCCUAAUUCUCUGGAAUGAAUAUAUACAUGUGGAAGGGAUAAUUUCGAUCCCAUACACGUUUAUAAAGAAUCCCUG